CUCGGUGCUGGACUGUGUGGACAUGGAAAAAUGCGGUCUCUGCCAAAUGCCUCCAGUCGAGCCUGCGGUCGCAGCGAACCUGCACCCGAAGACUUCCAUGUYGGCAGGUGGCCCCGCUCUCCCCUCCAGAGCAGACCAUUUUCAGUCCAGCCUGAAUGAGAAGUCCUAUAAAGCGGCUGCGCUGUCAGUCCGGGCUCUGAAUGCUUCCUCCAUGCUCAUGGYGUAUCAGGCGGAGCUAGAGGAGCAGAUGACCRCCUCAUCAGAUGCUGCUCUGUGGGACGAAGUCUGCAUCAUCACGGACCACUGUCUCCAGCUGCACAAAGUGGCGAUCCAGGCUAUGGGCAGAACCAUGGGGCUGAUGGAUCUGCAGGAGCGGGCMAGGUGGUUGAAUCUCACCACUCUCUCCACAAAAGMGAAGGAGGACCUCCUYGACACUCCCAUCACUCCGCAGGGUCUGUUYRGCUCYGCGGUCACCUCGAUGCAAAAGAGGUGGGAGGAAAAGAAAAGAGAUGACGAGRCCCUGAAGCUGUGUCUCCCCAGGCGCACGUUCGYCUCCACCACCGCARCUCCACCRCUGCAGCGUCAAACCUUCGCUCAGGCCGCRGCACGCUUGCCCCCCACCUUUAGGAUCCCAAAACUGCCAAAGGUCCAGRKAGCCCCACAAGCGCCGCAAAAACCCUCCAAAGUCCCGUGGCAGCGGAAGCCCGAGGGCCCCCGCCCCGACCAACCGCCACCACCCACCUCCACUCAGGUGGUCAGGAGGAGGAAACGGCUGGCCUGACUUCCUCCAUGGAUGGAGGGAACGAGCUGGAAUCUCUUCCCUCCACAGUUCUGUUCAGCAAAGUUCUGUGCGUGUCCGAGAGGAUGUUCGAGCCUGCUCAGCGCGCCACGAAGUUCACAGGACGCAAUGUUCACGAGGAACCCCGCAGCGGCCCUCAGCAGUGUCACACAAGCACAUUUAUCUUUUGUCAAAAAGAAAUAAAUGUUUACAAACUGUCGCAUCCAGGCUUCAAGCCGAGGGCACAGUUAAAAAUAAAAAUGUUGAAAAACACAAACAUGAGCCAAUUCGGGGAUUUAGUCCCUCCUUUUUCAGAAGGAGCGAGACUCUUCCCCGAAUCGGACAGAACUGYGAAAAACCUAAGUCCACGYGCAUGCGUACUGCAGGCYGAAACMUUUUCCAAUCCAGAGCCGCUAUAGAGGGCAGUCUCCGCCCACGUUUAACAAACUGGCCGGCCAGCCGCCUGACAGUGCAGCUGGAAAAGUGGACAGAAUGUACAAACUCCGAGUGGGUUUUGAAAACAAUAAAAAGGGGUUACAGGCUACAGUUUGCAACACCCCACCCCCCAUCCCCCACCGAGUAUAGACGAUUGGCUGGUCGCAGCACCCUCCCAGCAGGAGGCUGUGAAUCACACAGCUGCAUUAAUACAGCACAUGAUGGAGCUGGGCUUCAAAAUAAAUAUGGAAAAGAGUGUUCUGCGUC